CGCUCCGCUGACCGCCGCUCCCCGUGACGCCUCGACCGCAGUCACAGCCACAUGCGCCCUCACACCGGCUCCCUGCUCUUUGUGAAACUGCAGCACAAGGCUUGUUUUCCGCAUGGCACUGAGUACUACUGAUGGGAAACCUCGGUGCUUUGCCGUCUCGCUGUGUGUACUCUAGUCUUCUUCAGCUGAACAGCCCAUAGUAACACGAGGCUGUAGGAGCGCUCAGUCGGACCAGGAGGACAACAUCAUGAAGUUGGCGGUCCGCCUCCUCCUCCUCUUGUCGGCGUCCAGCCGGCUGUCCCUCGCUGACAUCCCCGCUCCAAGUGAGUUUGUGUCCUUGGCGGAGAUGGAGGACGCCCUGCUGAAGAACCUUUUCCAGGGCUACCAGCGCUGGGUCAGGCCCAUCCAGCACGCCAACGAAACUAUUAAAGUACGCUUUGGACUCAAGAUCUCCCAGCUGGUUGAUGUGGAUGAGAAGAACCAGCUAAUGACAACUAACGUUUGGCUGUGGCAGGAGUGGAUCGAUUACAAGCUGCGAUGGAAUCCAGAGAAAUACGGAGGAAUCACUUCUAUCAGAGUUCCCUCUGAAAAUAUCUGGCUCCCAGACAUCGUCCUCUAUGAGAAUGCUGAUGGGCGGUUUGAGGGCUCCCUGAUGACCAAAGCCAUUGUCAGGUUCAACGGUGCCAUCACCUGGACGCCACCUGCAAGUUACAAAUCUGCCUGCACUAUGGACGUCACCUUCUUCCCCUUUGACCGCCAGAACUGCACCAUGAAGUUUGGCUCCUGGACGUAUGAUGGCAACAUGGUGGACCUGAUUCUGAUAGACAACCAGGUAGAUCGGAGGGACUUCUUUGAUAAUGGGGAGUGGCAGAUCCUUAAUGCCACUGGUGCCAGAGGGAACAGGAAGGACGACUUGUAUUCGUACCCCUUCAUCACGUAUUCCUUCAUUCUGAAGAGAUUGCCAUUAUUCUACACACUCUUCCUCAUCAUUCCUUGUUUGGGUUUGUCCUUUCUGACUGUCCUGGUGUUUUACCUUCCCUCAGAUGAAGGAGAGAAGCUGUCACUCUCUACCUCUGUCCUAGUGUCGCUCACUGUGUUCCUCCUGGUCAUAGAAGAAAUCAUCCCCUCCUCUUCCAAGGUGAUCCCGCUCAUUGGAGAGUACUUGCUGUUCAUCAUGAUCUUUGUCACACUCUCAAUCAUCGUCACUGUCUUUGUCAUCAACGUGCACCACCGCUCCUCGGCCACCUACCACCCCAUGUCGCCGUGGGUUCGUAACCUCUUCCUUCAGAAGCUGCCGAGGUUGCUCUGCAUGCGUGGACACACCGACCGCUACCACUACCCAGAGCUGGCUCCUGAGAGCCCUGAGGUGAAGCCUCGCUCUGGAGGUCGGAGAGGAGGCCAGAGGGCGAACAGCGGGGCCCAUGGACAGACGACUUCAGAGGGGAAGGAGGACGAGGCCUGGGCGACCAUGUUGGACAAGGCUAUCUACUCGGUGCGCUACAUCAGCAGACAUAUCCGCAAGGAACACUUCAUCCGCGAGGUGGUACAAGACUGGAAGUUCGUGGCGCAGGUGUUAGACAGGAUCUUCCUGUGGGCUUUCCUCACCGUCUCAGUACUGGGCACUAUCCUCAUCUUCACUCCAGCUCUGCAGAAGUUUUUGAAAAUCCCUCCUCCAACUGGAAGUGAGGAUCCACCUUCAAACUAGUAGCAAUAACACACCCCUUUCACAGGCAACUCAUGAUUCACCUUCAAGAAUCUAUAAAACAUUUGUUACCACAGAGCAACUGUUAAAAGGAGAACUUUGACUCUUUGAUUUUUAGUUGAUUCUUUCUUCUAGAACUACUAUGUCAAAUAGUCUGUAUGUCAUUAAGUCAGUAUGUGUAUAGUUUUUGUGCACAUUAUAGCAUAUUUCAAAGUAUGAUGGGAUUACAUUUUGUUUAUAGAUAAAUAAGACAAUCUUGAUAAUCUUGAGUGAUAAUUCAUGCAACCCGUGUUGCUCUUCAGCCUGUUAAUUGCCAAAGCCAUAAAAUUUCAAAUUCUACACAUAAUGGCUUUAAGUAACAUGCAGCUAUCAGUACACUAGAUUAUACAUGCUGGUUUAGAAAUGUAUUUAAGGUCAAAUUAAAUGAAGCUUGAAAAAAUGAGUAAAAACAAAAAAACAACUUAAUUUUGCAUAGAAUUAAGCUAUAACAAAAAAGUUAUGAUUGGCUUGAUUUAUGUACUUAGCUGACUUCCUCAUUAUUGUUUUAUGUUUCUAAUUGACAUUGCCUUUGAUUUGAUGUAUGUGGUGGACUUGUUUUCUUGAAAUGUGCCAUUUUUCACCUGGCUGCAAAACAAAUUUCCUCUCUGGGAUAGUACAGUUUAAAAAACACAACCAUCUAAAAUUCCCAAAGUCAAGCUAAAAUUUAAACAAUAAGUUCAUUUUAUACAUAAAUGUUCUAUUGCAAUAAGAGUGAGAAAGAGUUGUUCCUGUUAUCACAUACCUGAAGCACAAAAUACCUCUUACUGUAACUACUUUUUAGUAAGAAAAAGAAAUGAUUUAAUCUCUCAAGGUACCAACAACAUUUGAACUACCUUACACAUUCAUUAGAGAUGCAACAACCUUUUACACAUUUGCAAAGUCUUUGAAGACGUUAGCAUAAGUUAGGGGAAUAAAGACAUUACAACAAAUGAUGUUGUAUCUGAACAGCUUACUGUGAAAUACUGUGUCCUUGUCCUUUCUCACCCUCCUCAAUUAUAAGAUUUGCUCUAUUUUUGUCAUUGCAGUUAGUGAAACUAUUUCAAGCAUCAUAAUAUAAAGUGUAAUGAAUAAAUGAAGACUUAAUGAACAUUUCUUCUUGAAAUUACACAAUCCUCAAACGCACAGUAUUUGUAUUGUUCAAAUGUACUUUAUCACACUAAUAAAGUUGUAUUAAAUACA